GUACAUUGACAAGAAGUGAGAACACACUGGUGAGCUCAGCAAUAGCAAACAAGCCGGUAGACCUGAGAAGACCACUGUAGUGGAUUACUUUCAAUUUUGAAGAAAACCCCUUUUCAACUGUCAAACUGAUCAAGAAGACUCUUCAGGAUAUAGGCAUAUGUGUCAAAGACUAAAAUAAAAAGAACUGAACCAGCAUAUCCUCAGUGGGUUCAUUGCAAGACAAAUUACUAGUAAGCAUCAAGAACAGAAUGGCCAGGUUAGUACUUAUAGGAACUGCUCAUGAUCCAAAGCACUAAGGCUGAGUGGCAGCUUCAAACUGGCACAUGCUUUAAAAUGUCACAGCAUGCAUCAAAUAGGAAAAAAACAUCUUUCUCAAAAUGUCUGUAUUCCACUGUGGGAAAUUUUCUGAGAAGCGAUUCCAUGCCGUUGACAUCUGCAUAAAGAUUUAAGCUCCUGCGAUCCAUCUGUGUCGCCCGUGGCAAGCUGCUUUGGAGAAAUGCUCUCUGAUCCCCAUGUCCAGGUCAGCACAGACAGGAUAUAGAUCGAACGGAGCCAGCAAAUCAGGAAAACAGGGACAGCAGCCUGCGGAUGGAGAAUGCUCAGUGUGUACCGUGUAGAAUGCGAGUUCUAAUGCAGAAUAUUGCUUGAUUUGGUUUAUUCAGCAUUUGACCGUGCUUUAAACAAUGCCUUUGUGACAGUGGUUUGAUGUGAUAUUGUACCAAGGAGGACUGCAUCUGGUGUUGUGUAUGUGUGUCAGUGUGCUACCUUUUUGUUCCCUGAGACAAAGCUCUAGAAGUGAGAGUCUCCCGUGGAUAAAGGCAUGCACAUCUGCUUGUGUCGUUAAAGACGCCUGAGCAGGAUGGAGGCUCAGAUUCGUUUCACUUAACAACUCAGAAACAAGACCCCCUGUGUCACGUGGGUGAGGCUGAAAUCCCUCUGGAGAGCCUUGCAGGUUUCAGGUUUCCUGUACAGUGUUCACUGAGGUAAAAAUGCCAAAACCUUAACAUGUGAGAAAGAUUUUAACAGUGUUUUCUUCAGCGGCUCUACAUCAGGUGAAACUGGGCCCCAUCCUUUCGGUCAGAUGAGAAAAUUAUUUGAGGAAAUGGUUCACAUUCACUGUCCUCAUAGACACUGGAAGAGGAGGUUGUUCUCAUUGACAAUUUUCCUCCUGUGAAAACAUUCUUUUAUUUUGGGUCAUUUUAUAUCUAUUUCAGCUUGAGUAUAGGUUAUACUUCUGAAACAAAAUACAUCAGUUGCCUGACUGCUUCUGUGACUUAAAAGGAAAUUCUUGAACAAUCAACAAAAAUAAUUUUAUUUGAUUUAUUUUGAAUAGAACUGACCAGUUUUGUAUGUCCAUAUGUUUUAUACUUGCAAUAUUGUUCAGGUUAUGACAUUUAAUCUGUGUCAUGUUGAAUAACAAAGCAAUGCAAAACAGAAAUAUAUUUUUUGCUUCAACAGCACUCUUAAAUACGAAAGGGGGGAAAUGUUGAGUUGCAAGUCGCACACAAUGUCAACUGAACAAAAAUGCAUCUGUUGAAGCCAUUUCACAACAUCUGGUAAAAGAAACAUAAAUAUGAUCUAUGAGUCUAGGGAAGCAGUUCAUAUGAUUACAUUAACAUGCAUCUAGACCGUAUGGAGCAGUUCAAGAGAGCUGUUCUAAAUUCUGUUUCUUGGAGUAGUUGGCUCAUUUGCAUUGCAAAUGUACACAUUUGUUAUCGCUGGGGAAUUGUUUGAUGCACAAAGCAAUGAGAAGAUCUCUUUCAAAUUGCAUGAAGAGAGGCGAAUGAAGAUUAUGAAUGUUUGAUGCUGUUAUUUCAAUUCUCAUUAUGACGCCCUCAAGUUAUGGUGCAAAAUGAAAUUACGUUGUAUGUUUCCUCUUAUUUUAAAAUUACUUUUAAAGUUUCAUAUUCCUCCAUCACCAUGUUUUGUAACCAAUUGCACUUUGAGGUUGUGUGAGGUGUAGUGGUUAGAACUGUGCAUGUUGGACCAUAGGGGUUGAUAUUUGAAUAUUUCUGAAUAUUUACUUAACUGCUACUGUACACUGCUUAAGUUAAGUUUAAUUGUAAAAUUGUAUGCUAAGAUAAAGGUGUCUACAAAGAAACUAAAAGUGUAAUAAUUCAGGAAAUGACGGCACAGUAAUUUGGCAUAAUAGUUGUCACUUUUGUGAUUUUUUACCUGAUAUUUUUGUUACUAAGGGAGCGAAGAUAUGUUUACCUCAUGCCAUUUUUGUUUUUACUGCAAGGUGGCAGUUUUAGUGUACUGCCUUUAUAUCAUGCUAGUUUACACAGAUGGGUAAACAUAACAGGAACUUGACAGCUGACCUUUGACAUCUCGUUGGACCCCAGAGACUUGAGUGUUUUAACAGUCAACUUAUCACUGUUUGUGCUGCUUCAUAUUAGCAGAAAUAUAUCACCAAAUACAGCGUUUUGUAGUGACCUGUCUGCGGAGGAAACAGCGAGCUGAGUUACAGAUCUCCACAUGUGCGUAAUUCAUUUUCUCCCCCUCUUGGCCUCUCGGUAGCUGGGUAGCUGCAGCUGUUGUACCUGGAGCUCUGUGAGUUCCACAUAUCACCAGUGGGGGCACCAGAGAGGCAAACCUGUGACAGUGUUUCUGAGUGGGGCUACAGUAGAGUUCAGCUUUGGUGUGCUCCAGUUCCUCCUGCCUACUCUCUGAAGAAGAUGGUGCUGUUUUUCUGCUCUCUUGGCCCGUUGAGGACGGGGCUCCUGCUGGCCUCCGUUGGUCUUUUCGUGAGCGUCUGUGAGGGCCGUUCAGAGGCGUCCCGUGGGGUGGUCAUCCCCUUCGUGUUUGACCCCAAAGCAAUAUGCGACCCGCCAUGCAAGCACGCAGGAAUCUGCAUCCGAAACAACACCUGUUUCUGCUCCAAGGGCUAUGAGGGAGAGCUCUGCCAGUAUGCUGACUGUUAUCCCAAGUGUAAGAAUGGAGGGGAGUGCCUUCGUCCUGGGAAAUGUAGAUGUCCUCCAGGAUUUGGAGGAAAAUAUUGUCAUAAAGUGGUCUGUGAUGGGGGUUGCUGGAAUGGAGGAGACUGCACUGCAGUGAAUGGAGUAGUGAAAUGCCUCUGUCCCUCCAGCUGGACUGGGUCUAAAUGUCAAGAAGCGAUUUGUCCCCAGGGCUGCAGGAACGGGGGUAGCUGUGUGGCCCCAGGAAUCUGCAGCUGUCUUGAGGGCUGGCUGGGCGGGGCUUGCCACACCGCUGUCUGUAAGCGUCCAUGUCUGAAUGGGGGGAAGUGCAUUUCCCCUGAUGUGUGCAGAUGUCACCCCCACUUCUCUGGACCACGAUGUGAGGAAAAGAAGAAGGCUUUCUACAACCGGGGGUAACAAAGUGCCUUAUACUCCAGAACUACAGGAGAACAAGGGGAAAAUAACUCACUUUUAUCUGUAAACCUAACGAUUUUAAACAAUGGUGCUAUAGGUAAACUGUUUGCUAUUUAAAUGUUGGUAUGAAUUUAUUGUAUGAAUCACUGAACUGUAAUUUGGGACAAAAAUGUCCUGAUAUUUGAAAACAUUUUAUUCUGUCUAUACCAAUUAUUAAAAAA